CGCGAACAGUGAACUGUUGCAGCUGUCUUGGGAGCUGAGUUGUCUAGCGCUCUACAACUCGAUCAGACAUGAAAACUCCAGCAAUCGGUAUAGAUCUCGGAACGACCUACUCGUGUGUUGGUGUUUUCCGCCAUGGGAAAGUGGAAAUCAUCGCUAACGACCAGGGAAACCGCACAACCCCAUCUUACGUUGCCUUCACCGACACGGAGAGACUCAUCGGCGAUGCCGCCAUCAAUCAGGUCGCCAUGAACCCGGAGAACACGGUUUUCGACGCUAAGCGUCUAAUCGGGAGACGGUUCGAUGACGCGGCCGUGCAGAGUGACAUGAAACACUGGUCGUUCAAAGUUGUCAGGGAUGGCAAUAAACCGAAGAUCCAGGUGGAAUUCAAAGGUGAACGGAAAACAUUCAACCCCGAGGAGAUCAGUUCCAUGGUGCUUGUCAAAAUGAAGGAAACCGCUGAAGCUUAUCUCGGCGGCGCGGUGAAGGAUGCGGUUAUCACCGUCCCCGCGUACUUCAACGAUUCCCAGAGGCAGGCCACCAAAGAUGCCGGGACCAUUGCCGGACUGAACGUUCUCCGGAUAAUCAACGAACCUACGGCCGCAGCUAUCGCCUACGGCUUGGACAAGAAAGGCACCCACGCCGGAGAGCGUAACGUGUUAAUAUUUGAUCUCGGUGGCGGGACGUUCGACGUUUCGAUUCUCUCCAUCGACGAAGGUGUUUUCGAAGUCAAAUCCACGGCCGGCAACACCCAUCUCGGCGGUGAGGACUUCGACAAUCGAAUGGUGAAUCAUUUCGUCGAGGAGUUCAAACGGAAACAGAAGAAAGAUUUGUCUUCUAAUAAACGCGCGCUGAGACGGCUCCGGACAGCGUGUGAGAAAGCCAAGAGAACGCUUUCGUCCUCCACGCAAGCUUCCAUUGAGAUCGACUCCCUCUUCGAAGGAGUCGAUUUCUAUUCGAUUCUCACCCGGGCUCGCUUCGAAGAGCUCUGCUCGGAUUUGUUCCGCUCGACGCUCGAGCCGGUAGAGAAAGCAUUGCGCGAUGCUAAAAUGGACAAAAGCAAAAUCAAUGACGUCGUGCUGGUGGGCGGUUCCACACGCAUCCCGAAGAUCCAGAAACUUCUGCAAGAUUUCUUCAACGGCAAAGAGUUGAACAAGUCGAUCAAUCCAGACGAAGCCGUCGCGUACGGCGCCGCAGUUCAAGCCGCCAUCAUCAGCGGAGACAAAUCUGAAGUUGUCCAGGAUUUGCUCCUGUUGGACGUGACGCCGCUGUCGUUGGGUCUCGAAACGGCGGGCGGAGUCAUGACGACGCUGAUCAGUCGGAACAGCACUCUGCCAACGAAGCAGACCCAAGUAUUCACGACGUAUUCCGACAAUCAACCAGCUGUGACCAUCCAGGUCUAUGAGGGCGAACGAGCCAUGACGAAAGACAACAAUCUCCUCGGCAAGUUCGACCUGACAGGCAUUCCUCCGGCGCCCCGAGGGAUUCCUCAGAUAGAGGUGUCGUUCGAAAUCGAUGUCAACGGAAUCCUGAGCGUUUCUGCUGCGGAUAAGUCGAGCGGAAGACAAAACAAGAUCACAAUCACGAACGACAAGGGACGUCUUAGUAAGGAAGACAUCGAUAAAAUGGUCCGGGACGCCGAGAAGUUCAAGGAUGAAGACGAUAAGCAAAAGGCGAGAAUCGCCGCGAAGAACGCUCUGGAAAGCUACUGCUUCGGUGUCAAGGGUACUUUCGACGGAGACUACGACAAGAUCAAGGACAAAAUCUCUGAGUCAGAUCGCAACUCGGUGUUGAGCAAAAUCCGAGAGACCCUCCAAUGGUUGGACUCGAACCAGCUCGCCGAGACCGUAGAAUUCGAAAGCCGUAGGAAAGACCUCGAGCAGUUUUGUCGACCCUUCGUCACGAAGUUGUACCAAGACGGAAAAGCUCCGCAAGGCGGACCCACAGUCGAAGAAGUCGAUUAAUCCGAUAAGCUUUGUAACUGGGCGGAAUUCGAUAUGUAUCUAGACGGGUUGACGUACAGGAUAUUCCGAGAGAGACUCGCUGACCCCGGUCGUAGUCAGUCGAGGGAGAGAAUCCGUUUUGAGGUAGAUCCUCGAUGUAAAAAUCUUUGCUUUGUGUUGUUUUUACGCUUCAGAUUUCCGAGUGCUUCGCCAGUUUUCUUUCUUCCUGUUCUAGCCUAAAUUAACGUUGUUGAACGGAGCUUAUUGUUUGUCCGAGCUACGGGGCUGGAAGUUGUGCUCACCUUCGUCAGGAUUCUGGGAAUAAAAUUCCG